GACACGCGCUGCGUCAGUAUUUCGCGAGCCUCCAUCGUGUUCUGUUGGAGUUUAUUGUUGAAGGAGAAAAACCGUGUUACGUUCCGAUCGUGAGGCUACGGUGUACGACAAAAAGAGUGCCUUUUCUCCGUUAACUACGGAACAACGUACUGAAGGAUGGCGGACGACAGCCACGAGAAUGGCACCAGCAACGGGGAUGUGCCCGAGAUCGAGCUGAUCAUCAAGGCAUCUACCAUCGAUGGUCGUCGAAAGGGUGCUUGCCUCUUCUGCCAGGAGUACUUCAUGGAUCUGUAUCUUCUCGCCGAGCUGAAGACGAUCUCGCUGAAAGUGACCACGGUCGAUAUGCAAAAACCGCCGCCGGAUUUUCGUACCAAUUUCCAAGCAACACCGCCGCCGAUUUUGAUCGACAACGGCGACGCGAUAUUGGAGAACGAGAAAAUCGAACGUCACAUCAUGAAGAACAUUCCCGGCGGGCACAAUCUCUUCGUGCAGGACAAAGAAGUGGCUACCCUCGUCGAGAACUUGUUCAGCAAAUUAAAACUGUUACUAUUGAACGCGAAGGACAAGGACAAGGACCCAAAGUCCUCGUCGCUGAUGGCACAUUUGCGCAAAAUCGACGAGCAUCUGGGCCGCAAAGGCACGCGCUUCCUCACGGGCGACACGAUGUGCUGUUUCGACUGCGAGCUGAUGCCACGGCUGCAACACAUCAGGGUCGCCGGCAUGUACUUCGCGGACUUCGAGAUCCCGGAAACUCUGGUGCAUUUGUGGCGGUAUAUGCAUCAUAUGUACAGGCUGGACGCCUUUUUGCAAAGUUGCCCGGCCGAUCAGGAUAUUAUUAAUCAUUACAAGUUGCAACAGAGCAUGAAAAUGAAGAAACACGAAGAGCUGGAGACGCCAACUUUCACGACCAGUAUCCCUAUAGAGGUAAACGACGACUAGGCUGGACCUUCGCCGUCGGGCCUCCGAUCUCGCUACUUUGAUUAAAAAAUAUCAUCGUCGGUAUUCGGUGUGGACACGAACGGUGCAAACACGACGGCGCGGUAAAACGUUUAUUACGAUUGUUUCAACGGACGCCUUCAUCCAGGAGGGGGAUCCAUUAUUUAUAAAAAAAAAAAACGUAUUUGGGGUACGUGCGCUCUGUCAAAAACUUUCAUCGUCCUGAUUCUGAUCGCGUCGAUACCGUUCCACCGAUUUAUAUAACACUUUUGCUACGUAUACUUUAUAAACUAUCGACGACGCUGUUUUGUGACCUAAACUGAUUACAGUAUAAGUAGCUUUUCUACGACAGGAAACAGGAAGAUCUACCAAUGUAUCAAGGCUUUCAAAAACUAACGACCUGUAUGCGUGUUCAGAGAACCAUAUAAUUUUGUUUCCUUUAAAUUCUUAAUCGGUCUUCGUUUAUUUUUCUUUACGCUACGUAUGAAGCUCGUGCAUAGUCCUGACUCGAGUAGCAUUAUUAUUAGCAAAGGCAUUUUAAUCUUUUACAUUGUACUUUAGAUCAAAACCUCGUAUUUUUUUUUUUAGGCAGUUUAGGUGUUUUUUUUUUUUUCGUCCGUCUUUUGAUGGAAAGUGAAAGGGACGUAUGCAUCUGAAUUAAAAUUAAUCAACGAAUAUGGUAAUAUAUUGAUUCAUUUUUGAGAACUGUAAUGUAUUUACCGUAUAUCUCUAUAUUAAUUAAUAAAAAUGUGUAACAACUAUUUUUUAAAAACCUUUCUCUUCAUUGGAUUUUAUAAUUAUAUCGUCUUGUCUAGAUACGAAGGGAUAUUCUAGUCUAAUGUGCUUCGUUCAACAGUAAAAUUUCUAAAAGCAUAUUUUCAUAUAUAAUUUACAACGUUAUAGAACUCUGGCAAAAUCUAGUGCAUACGUUUCUUCUAAGUUGUACGUUACAAUACACAGCUCUUAGUUAAAUUUGUUUUAUCGUUGUUCGUUUAAAAUUAUCACCUUUGUGAAUGGUUUCGUGGUUAAGAGAAAUUUAACACAUAAAUGGUUGUUACAAAUUAUUUUGUAAAUGUUGAUUUUUAAAGAGGUGGAAGAUUGAUCGUCCUGGAAAUAGUGCGUAUCUCUAUUAACACAGUCCAACGAUUUAACAAACUUGGUAUUUCAUAUUAGUGAUUAUAUU